AUGCCACCCAAGGGAUCGAAGCGCACCGAAGCCGGCACUCCUGCCGAGUCUUCUCCCAUCGAGGGCAACAAGAAACCACGCCUCGACCUCGAAGAACAGAUCAAGCGUGCUAGUACUCUUGCUGCACAGCUUCGUGAUGGUGUCAAGGAUGGCUCCGAUACCAAGACCUCUACUGCCAACCAGAUCGCCACCGAGGAGCUCAUGCGUAUCUUUGAGAUCAUGCAGGAGAAGACUGUCGAGAACACAAUGAGUCUGCUUUACAACAAGGUCGCCACACCCAAGACUUCAGUANACUCCAUGAUUAUGAGCAUCCUAAAGCCGCACAACACCACUCAAAAAGAGCACGUUAUCAAGAGAGUUCAGGAGAAGAUGGAAGGUAUCACUUCUGGAGACUAUGUUGCCGUCAUCAAGGAAACCAUCAAGUCAAUCUUGAUCGCGGAGUAA